UGGGAGUCGGUAAUCAUGUCUCUUUACCAAGUCCUCAUCGGCGGCGGACCUGCUGUUCUCGUCUGGGGAUACAUCCUCGCUGCUAUUGGUGCUAUCUGUGUGUCCUUUGCUUUCGCCGAAUACGCCAGCAUCUGGCCCUCUCCUGCUGGCCAGGCCCACUGGAGCGUAGCUCUAACUCCUCCCAGAUUCAAAAAGAUGGUUGGGUUCCAGACGGCUUGGAUACUUUUGUGGAUGAAUAUUUUGGGUAACAUCGCAGCUAUCUACUCUAUGACCAUGUGUAUUCAGUCACUUAUCUACAUUGGAAAUUAUGACUAUGCGCUCCCGAGGUGGCACGCAUAUCUUAUAUUCAUAUUAGUUGCCGUGGCUUCGUGGGUUGUCAACUGCUUCUUCCCCGAUUUACUCCACCAGAUCACCAUCGCAGGACUUGUGUUCCACAUUCUUGGGUUUUUCGUUAUUAUCAUAACACUACUAGUGACCACCAAGAACAAGAAUUCGGCCAGAAUGGUCUUUCUAACCAUUGAGGAUCACACGGGCUACAACAAUAACUUUGCAGCUUUCUGUGUUGGUAUGCUGCCGGCAGCGUUUGGGUUUCUUUCACUUGAUGUCACCGUCCGCUUUUCGGAGGAAGUACCAGACCCAGAAGUCAAUGUUCCCAAGUCGAUAUUUUGGGGGAUUUUGGCAACCACUGCCAUCGGCCUGCCAUUCGUUUUGGCUAUAGCCUUCUGCAUGGGUGACCCCAAUGAGCUCCUCAUGUCUCCCAUCGUGAAUCUUAAUCCGUUAGCAUUGAUUACGCUGAAUUCUACCGGAUCAAACGCUGCAGCCAUGUGUUUAAGCGCCACCCUCAUUAUUGUCGCUUUCACCGCUGCUAUAGACGGAACUGCUGCCGUCGUCCGCAUUAUCAUGGCUCUUGGUCGGGACGAUGCCAUCCCCUAUGGUAGUCAAUUCGCCAAGCUACACCCCAAAUAUAACAGCCCUUUCAACGCCUGUCACUUGGCUCUGUUCCUCCAGGUAUUCAUUGCUGUGCUCUAUGUAGGCAAUUCUACAGCCUACUAUGGAGUUGCAAGUGGCGUUGUUGCAAUGCAAGUGCUCAGUUAUAUCCUUCCCAUCUUCUUAAACUUGCUAUAUGGAAAAAAGCUUGGUAUCGUUUACGGCCCGUGGAGCAUGGGAAACUCCCGCUACUUGGUCAACACUUUGGCCGUUCUAAUUUAUGUCUUCCUAUUUGUCAUCAUGCAGCUUCCCACGACCUUGCCGGUGUCAGCAACGAACAUGAACUAUGCCUGCCUUCUUCUUGGGGGAUCCACAUUGUUGACUACCCUACUUUAUUCAUGUUGGGGAAGAAAAAAGUACUUUGGUCCUAGGGCUAUCAUUGAAGCGUCGACUUGGGAGUAG